AUGCAAGUGUGCCAGCCUUCAAUGUUCAGAUUUUGCCCUGCUCCAUUACAUAACGGUCUAUUGCAGGAAUUUUAUAACCUUUUCCUUGCGUUUCAGAAAGAGAUCAAUUUUCCUGCUGUUUUUGUUGACAGAGAAUCCACGUUGUAUUUGUUUUGGUUCGCCUUCAUUGCCACAUCGACAAAAGAUUUUUUGUGGAAAGAUUCUGUUGACGAAGCAUCGACUGGCAACCAGGAUACUCUCCCAGAGGUUCACGGUGAAGGCUCUAGAGCCAAUCUGCUCAUGGAUGCAUGGAAAUUUUUUACUCAAUAUCUAACACAAUGGCAGUUCGGUUGUACCUGA